AGAGAAGCUGACUCCAAACUGAACCAACGGCUCCUCGCCGAAACGCGACUCCCGCUGAUCCAAAUCCAUUGAGCGGGAGAACCCGACAUCCAAAAUUCCCCAAACCCCCUCCCAAGUCCCAACCCUAGCCGGCUAGCCUCCUUCCCCUUCAGCCUUCACACCUCCGAUUUCUCGCGCCUUCGUCUCCCGCCCAAUUUCCAGAAGCUUCUAGAACCAGGUUUCUAACCCUACCGCAGAAUGAUGCUUUCUUGCGCCUAGUAGCCUGGGGCGGAGGCAUGGACGGCGGCGGGGAGGGGGGCUCGAGCGGCGGGAGGUUCCCUAUUCUGCAGGCGAACAGGGACCCCGAGUCGAAUUGGGAGGUGGACGUUGCCAAGAGCCUCGAGGAUUACCUGCUCAAGAUCUGCUCAGGGGAGGUCUCCGGCGAGGACGGGGCCCACUCUGUCAACUUUGCCGAAGCGGCGUUAUUACUCCAAGGAUCGGUUCAAGUGUACAGUAGGAAGGUGGAGUACUUGUACUCGUUGGUGCUUCACGCGUUAGAGUUCCUCUCGCAAAAGAAACAGGAACAACUGGAAAAUGGCUCAGCUCAAGCUAAUCAAAACAACCCUAGCAUUAUUCCCAGUGAAGAAGAUGAUAUAUUUAUUGGGCUAGAUGAUGUCCCAGUGGAAACAAGAAUAUCUCUGGAUAACAAUGUCGAUCGAGAUGAUUUACAAAGAAAAAUUGUGAGGCCACCAGCAAACCUACUGGUGUUUGAAGGGGACUGUCUGGAUAGUGAAGCAAGCGAGCUAGAUUCAUAUUUGUUAGCAACAUGUGAUUUUUAUGGAGAUUUCCUUCUGCUGGAUCCUUGUGAUGCACCAGCUGUUUUUGACUUUCUGCAAGGAAAACAUUCUGGUAAAGAAAAUAGUGUGGCUCAUCAAGGCAGUGCAGCACCUUCUAAAAGCCAAGCCAAUAUUUUCACUUCCCCGAAUGCAAGAUCAGUGGGCACAGGUCGUAAAUCAGCCCCUGGAAAAGUCCUAGGAGGUCUAGAUCCAACUCAGGAGAACCAAUCUUCAACUCAAGAAACCAGUCCAGAUAACAAACAUUGGUCUGAUCCUGUUGAACCUAGCUUUGCUGAUGAUGUUGAAAUGCAUCCCCCAGAUGAUAUAGAGGACCCUGUUGGAGAUUAUUCUGAUGACGAGGAUCCAUGGAAACCUUUGAAUCCACAUGAACCUGGCAAUUUAAAGAUUCGGCCUUACAGGAGAGUGAAAGGUUCUCCACGGGGUGUUAUUGGCAUUUCGAAAAAGAAAACUCUCAAAUCACUGUUUCCUAUUGCAAAGAUGGUUGGUGUCGUCAUACCUGAACAUGCUAAAUCUUUUGAAGCACAGCAGUCUCAGGAGGAACAUUAUGGUUCCCAAUCACCCCCUCGUUUUGAAAAGUUUUUGAGAUCAUUUGAAUUAGGAGAAGAAAAUCCCAAUGUGUUUGGAGAUUUGAAAGAUGACAAUGCAUCCAAUACUGGCAUUAAUUUUGAUUAUGAUGACCCAGACAUGCCAAACGACAUAGAUAUUGAUCUUGAUGUUCCAACAUGUCCUGAUGAGAUUAUUGCUAUAACUCCCAAAGGUACACAGGAUGACAUAGAUACACAUGAAAACCUCGACGACUUGUGUCGGUCACAUCUGAAUGCUCUCCUUGCCAGCAUUGCUGAGGUUGAAAAGCAGAGUGAGAUGGACGCUCGUGUUUCAACAUGGAAAGAAAGAAUUGAGAUUGCCUUGGAAGAGCAGGAUAGAAACCCACCUUUUGAUAUCGGUUCAUAUGGGGAGCAAAUACUUGACACACUUUCAUCAAGAACUAACAAUACAGGAACUGCAUCUUUUAGUGAGAUUGUUAGCGGCAGACCAAAGUUUGAGAUUGCCAGAACGUUCUCUGCCCUUCUCCAGCUGCCACGUGUAUGUUACAGGUGAACGGCAGAAGUGUUGAUCUGGAUAAAGGAAAAGCCACGAAUGAGUUGGUGUGUUACACAGCAGAGAAUCCAUUUCAUGUAAGGCUUAUUGGUCCCAACCGGAGGCCAGAAAUGGAGGCACGCUUUGCUCGGAAGAGAGUCAAGUCCCCACUGCAAAAUGCAGGCAAAGACGGUGAGUCCUCCCUGGCACAACAUGAGUGUCCCAACAAGCCGUUGCGUAAAAAUGGCAAGAUUCCAGUCAAGACAGCGACCAGGCUGACCCCAGAUGGGAAACGAAGGCGAAGGUCAUCUGCUCACCUAAUGCAGCCGAUCAAUCUGGAAUCCAGCGGAUGAACGCCAGUGCACACUGAUUCUUCUAAUUAUUGUAACUUCAGUGGCGGCUUCAUAGGCAGGAUGAGCCUGUAAGUUAUGACAUAGGCGUAGCUAGCGGGUGUAUAUGUACAGUUCAACUGUAAUGCUGACAGGGCAAGAUUUGUUCAACGGAAUUGCCCUUUUAUAGCAUUUGCCAUUGUUUCAUUUUUAAUCCAAUAAGCUAACACGAUGCCAAGUCUGUUGUUGUAAACUGGUGCCUAGCUGUAUCGAUGUUGCCUUCCGCGAUUUGAGAUUUAUAUAUUACGCAAAAAAAAACUAUUUCA